AUGCAAAAUUAUGAAACAUUCUGUCUAGUGUGGCUUGAUCUUCAUGCGGGUAAAACCAAAGAAAAUAUAGAAGUACAAGCAAAAUUACAGAGCUUGAUCAAUGACAUGAAGAUGUUCAAUCAAGUUUAUGAAUGUGAAAAAUUUAUUAAAGAAGCCAAACAUAGAAACAUAAUCCUAGUUACAUCUGGUAGUUUUGGUAGAGAUAUUGUACCACGACUACAUAAUUUAGAGCAACUACGAUCAAUUUACGUCUAUUGUAUGGACAAGGCAGGCAAUGAAAAAUGGGCAAAACAAUUUACGAAAAAUGCGGUUCAGUGCCAGGAUGGUUCUACGGAUGAUAAAUUACUAAACAUAAAUCCACAAUUUGAAGCAGCAAUAAAGGGCAAUUUAGCUUAUUUUAUAUCUACUCGUCCAGACUUUGCACUUCGAGAUCCAACUAACUCAGAACAAAAUGUACUCCAUUUGGCUUGUAAAUAUGGAAAUUUAAAUUUAUUUUUACACAAAGCCAAUACAAAUAUUGUGAACAAUGAGUUUUUAACUGCAACACAAUUAGCUAAAACUGUUACUAUAUCCAAUUUUAUUACUAAUCCGACACGUCUAAUUGAAAAUUUUCGUUUCUGUGACUUACCUCCAUUUGAAACAAGCAACCUAACUACUGGUGAGAGUGAGUUUUUUAAAGUCAAUAGUAGUACUUAUAAUGGCCAGAUUUCAAGGCAAGAUGUUAUUAGAUCAUUACAAGAAAGUGAUUACGCAGUUGUGGCUAAUUAUUUAAAUACACAUGUUGAUUUGCCUCAUGAUAAAUGGUGUGAAGCAAUAAUACAUUUGUAUUCGAUGGAAACGCCGUUAUAUAAAACAAUAAACUGUGAUAUAUUGGCUGCAAAUCCACUAUGUAAAUGUAUUCCAUAUAUUAGACAUUUAUCAGAUUCUUUAGGAUAUCUUGGUCAAGGUGACGGUAACGUGUCUGAGCGACGGUUAAAGCGUUAUUCAAGUAUAGCAUAUAGGGGGGCUACUUUAACAUUAACACAGAUAGAAGCAUUUCGCAAUUUAGCACGUGAAUUUGAUUCUAAUCCUAAUACUUUCCGCAAUUUGUGCCGUUUCCCUGCAUUCACUUCUUUUUCAAAAUCGAAAAGCAAGUGCUUAGGUGGUAACACAUUGUUUAUCCUCCAUCCAAUUUUGACCCAUGUUCAAGGCGGAAAUUACGCAAGUGAAGGUAAUAAACCAAUUGAUAUUUCUCCAUUAUCCGCAUUUCCAAAGGAAGAGGAAGUAUUACUGAAUUGGUCAGAACAAAUUGCGGUACUCAAAUAUGAGUUUCUAGACAACAAACAUGUUCUCCAUGUGGAACCAACUAGUGUCGGAGGGUAA